UAAAGAAGGACCCACACAAACGGAAGCCCUACGUAGGCUUGCUGUCCUGAAGCAACAGAGAAAUAUUCGAGCCGAUGAGUUUCAAUCCACCAGAAAUCACAAUCAUCUAAUUAAAUAACCCGUUGUGAGCCGGGCUGAGCUGCUCCGGAACAACCCUGAAAGGGAACCAUGUUUCUCUACAACAUCACCCUGCAGCGUGCCACUGGCAUCACUCACGCCAUCCAUGGAAACUUCUCAGGAACCAAGCUGCAGGAGAUUGCUGUUUCCAGAGGAAAGAUCCUGGAGUUAUUGCGGCCGGAUGCUAACACGGGAAAGGUGCACACACUCCUCACAAUGGAGGUGUUCGGCAUCAUCAGAUCCUUGAUGGCGUUCCGACUCACCGGAGGAACUAAAGAUUACAUCGUUGUGGGGAGCGACAGCGGUCGCAUCGUCAUCCUGGAAUAUCAUCCGUCUAAAAACCAGUUUGAGAAGAUCCACCAGGAAACAUUUGGCAAGAGUGGCUGCCGACGCAUCGUCCCCGGACAGUUUCUGGCUGUUGACCCCAAAGGUCGAGCUGUUAUGAUCGGAGCGAUAGAGAAACAGAAGCUGGUUUAUAUCCUGAACAGAGAUGCUGCAGCCAGACUCACCAUCUCCUCCCCACUGGAGGCUCAUAAGGCUAACACACUCGUUUAUCACGUGGUUGGAGUUGAUGUCGGCUUUGAGAAUCCGAUGUUUGCCUGCUUAGAGAUGGACUACGAGGAAGCUGAUAACGAUCCAACAGGAGAGGCUGCUGCCAACACACAGCAAACGCUUACAUUUUAUGAGCUGGAUCUCGGGUUGAAUCACGUCGUCCGAAAGUACAGCGAAGCUUUGGAGGAACACGGGAAUUUCCUCAUCACUGUCCCCGGUGGUUCCGACGGGCCCAGCGGAGUUCUGAUCUGCUCUGAGAACUACAUCACCUACAAGAACUUUGGAGACCAGCCCGACAUUCGCUGUCCCAUUCCUCGCCGCAGGAACGACCUGGAUGACCCAGAGCGUGGCAUGAUAUUUGUCUGCUCAGCCACCCACAAGACCAAGUCCAUGUUCUUUUUUCUGGCUCAGACGGAGCAGGGAGACAUCUUUAAGGUCACUCUGGAGACGGACGAAGAAAUGGUGACAGAAAUCAGGUUGAAGUACUUUGACACGAUCCCCGUGGCAACAGCCAUGUGUGUCCUGAAGACCGGCUUCCUGUUUGUCUCCUCUGAGUUUGGGAAUCACUACCUUUACCAAAUCGCUCACCUGGGCGACGACGACGAAGAGCCCGAGUUCUCCUCAGCCAUGCCAUUAGAAGAGGGCGACACCUUCUUCUUCCAGCCCCGCCCCCUGAAAAACCUGGUGCUGGUGGACGAACAAGAGAACCUGUCUCCCAUCAUGGCGUGUCAGAUCGCUGAUUUGGCCAACGAAGACACGCCUCAGCUGUACGUCGCCUGUGGACGAGGACCGAGGUCCACUCUGAGGGUCCUCCGACACGGACUGGAGGUGUCGGAGAUGGCCGUGUCUGAACUGCCUGGUAACCCCAACGCCGUGUGGACGGUACGACGGCACGUGGAAGAUGAGUUUGAUGCUUACAUCAUUGUGUCUUUCGUCAACGCCACUCUGGUUCUGUCCAUCGGAGAGACUGUAGAGGAAGUGACAGACUCUGGAUUUCUGGGAACAACGCCCACGCUUUCCUGCUCUCUGCUGGGGGAAGAUGCCCUCGUUCAGGUUUACCCAGAUGGGAUUCGCCACAUUCGAGCAGACAAGCGUGUGAACGAGUGGAAAACUCCGGGUAAGAAAACCAUCGUCCGCUGUGCUGUGAACCAGCGGCAGGUGGUCAUCGCCCUGACGGGAGGAGAGCUGGUCUACUUUGAGAUGGACCCGUCUGGCCAGUUAAAUGAAUACACGGAGCGAAAGGAGAUGUCAGCAGACGUGGUCUGUAUGAGUCUAGCCAACGUUCCGCCUGGUGAGCAGCGUUCCCGCUUCCUGGCCGUCGGAUUGGUCGACAACACGGUCCGCAUCAUCUCCCUGGAUCCUUCGGACUGCCUGCAGCCGCUGAGCAUGCAGGCUCUUCCCGCUCAGCCAGAAAGUCUGUGCAUCGUAGAGAUGGGAGGUGUCGAGAAGCAAGACGAGCUCGGCGACAAGGGAACCAUCGGCUUCCUCUACCUCAACAUAGGCCUGCAGAACGGUGUCCUGCUCAGGACCGUCCUGGACCCCGUGACCGGAGACCUGUCCGACACCAGAACACGCUACCUGGGGUCUCGACCUGUCAAGCUGUUCAGAGUCCGAAUGCAGGGGCAGGAGGCCGUGUUGGCGAUGUCCAGCCGUUCGUGGCUCAGCUACUCGUAUCAGUCUCGCUUCCAUCUGACUCCCCUCUCGUAUGAAACGCUGGAGUACGCCUCUGGGUUUGCCUCUGAGCAGUGUCCAGAGGGCAUCGUGGCCAUCUCCACCAACACGCUGAGGAUUUUAGCUCUGGAGAAACUAGGAGCCGUCUUCAACCAGGUGGCGUUUCCUCUGCAGUACACGCCCCGAAAGUUUGUUAUCCACCCAGAAACCAGCAACCUCAUCUUGAUCGAGACCGACCACAACGCCUACACUGAGACGACCAAAGCUCAGAGGAAGCAGCAGAUGGCCGAGGAGAUGGUGGAGGCUGCCGGGGAGGACGAGCGAGAGCUGGCCGCAGAGAUGGCUGCUGCUUUCCUCAACGAGAAUCUCCCAGAAGCCAUUUUUGGUUCUCCUAAAGCCGGAGCGGGUCAAUGGGCCUCGCUGGUGCGCCUCAUCAACCCCAUUCAGGGGUCAACCCUGGACCAGGUGCAGCUGGAGCAGAACGAAGCUGCGUUCAGUGUUGCCGUGUGUCGCUUCACCAACACCGGAGAUGAUUGGUACGUUCUGGUGGGAGUCGCCAGAGACAUGAUUCUCAACCCCAGAUCCGUGAGCGGAGGCUUCAUCUACACGUACCGGCUCUCUGCCGAAGGGGAUAAGCUGGAGUUUGUGCACAAGACUCCGGUGGAGGAUGUGCCCUUGGCCAUCGCACCGUUCCAGGGACGCGCUCUGGUCGGAGUGGGAAAGCUGCUGAGAAUUUACGAUCUUGGAAAAAAGAAGCUGCUACGCAAGUGUGAGAACAAACACGUUCCCAACCUGGUGACGGGCAUCUACACCAUCGGCCAGCGCGUGAUCAUCUCGGACGUUCAGGAGAGCCUGUUUUGGGUUCGUUACCGCCGUAACGAGAACCAGCUCAUCAUCUUUGCUGAUGACACGUACCCCCGCUGGGUGACGACUGCCUGCUUGCUUGACUUUGACACUAUGGCAUCAGCUGACAAGUUCGGCAACAUCAGCAUAGUGCGACUUCCGCCCAACACUAGUGAUGACGUGGACGAAGAUCCCACAGGAAACAAAGCCUUAUGGGACAGAGGUCUCCUUAACGGAGCUUCACAGAAGGCUGAGGUUGUGAUGAACUACCAUGUAGGAGAGACCAUGCUGUCGCUGCAGAAAACUACUCUGAUCCCCGGAGGCUCGGAGUCUCUGGUCUACACCACGCUGUCCGGAGGCAUCGGCAUUCUGGUCCCCUUCACCUCACACGAGGAUCAUGACUUCUUCCAGCAUUUGGAGAUGCACAUGCGCUCAGAGUUCCCUCCGCUUUGUGGCAGAGAUCAUCUGAGUUUCCGGUCCUACUACUUCCCAGUGAAGAACGUGAUCGACGGAGAUCUCUGUGAGCAGUUUAACAGCAUGGAUCCACACAAACAGAAGAGUGUGGCUGAGGAGCUGGACCGGACCCCUCCAGAAGUCUCUAAGAAGCUGGAGGACAUUCGUACUCGCUACGCCUUCUAACCACACACACACACACACACACACACACACACACACACACACAGCAGCAGCAGCGGUCAGCUGAUUCUGCGGUUUAACCAGCACAAUUUCCUCCUCUUCCCACACAGACGGCACACGGGUUACGGGUGUAAUUACAGAGAAUUUACCAUCAGGUUUUCAUACUGACCCGAGCCGUCUGUCAUCGGCCAACCAAGAUCAUUUGGAUGAUAUCUGGUGGGAAAGUUUGGUGCUGCUGGGAAACGAGGCUUAAAAAUGUAAAUAUUAGUUUGUUUUUCAUCGUUUAAUAAAACAGGUUUUCUAUGUUGUGAUUAUGUUCAACAGUUAUCAGUUAGAAUACAGAAACAUUAUUCUAGCAGGUGGAGGUGACGUCUCUCCUCACCUCCACCUGCUGGGGCCAACGGAAGCCCGGCGGGGUCAUUAGACAAGGAGGAAGAAACUCAGACCAAGUGGGCAGCAUUCCCAUCGGUGAGUAAAGUCCCAACCUCGGCCACAGAUGGCAUUCCACUAAAUCACUGGACUUGGGGUUUGUGGGACGAGACAGAGGUCUGUUUUUGUAAAUAAAGUUGUUUUUAAAAAAAAA